AUGUCAUUAAAGGAGUUGUUGUUUGGGUAAAAAUGAUUGGCGAACACAAUGAAAACAUUCUAUCUGAUAUGCUACCCACUUACUAUGCCAGGCAAUUUCCGCAAAAUAUAUUCUGUAGAUGGCUAGCUUGCGGUAGUUCGCCUCAACCGCUCUGUAAUAGAGAAUUAUCAUUUACUUUAGCUGACGAUGUCUACCUCCGUUAUUUGUCGAUUUCGCAUCAAAAGGAUUUACAAACCCUUCUUCAAAAGAAAUGUCCACACAAAUUGGAUGUUGGAGCAGUUUACAACACAAAGCCUUCUGUAGGAAGACAUGACGCUGUAGUGAUAUCGCGAGAACUAGUAUUCGAUAUAGAUCUAACAGACUAUGAUGAAAUAAGAACAUGUUGUCAAGAAGCUAGAGUGUGUGAAAAAUGCUGGAAAUUUAUGGUUAUUGCAUGUGAAAUCAUUGAUAAAGCUUUAAAAGAUGACUUCGGGUUCCAAAGCAUCCUGUGGGUAUUUUCAGGUCGGCGUGGUAUUCACUGUUGGGUAUCUGAUUAUGAAGCCAGAACUCUCGAUAGUCCAGGUCGAGGAGCUAUUGCCGAUUACCUUUGUUUAAUCGUAGGUGGGGAAAACCAAAGUAAAAAAGUGCAUCUUGGCAAUGAAAACUUACAUUCCAGUAUAAGGCGUGCCUUAAAUAUAAUAGACAAAUACUUUGAACAAUUAUUACAAGAUCAGGAAUUUUUAGCAACAGAUAAGCUAAACUCAUUUUUGAAGUUGAUACUAGAUGAUGCGUUAAAAUCACAGGUUGAAACAACUUUGAAAAAAAUGCAGGAACCAUCAUUGAAUAAGUGGAACACUUUUAUAAAUAUUUAUGAAAAUUAUUGCAGAGAGAAUGGAAAUGUUAUACGAAAAAUAAAAUAUCUUAUAGAAGAAAUAAAAAUUCAAUAUUGCUACCCCAGAUUAGAUGUUAAUGUGACAAAAGGUUUCAAUCACUUGCUCAAGUCUCCAUUCAGUAUACAUCCGAAAACUGGAAAAGUGUCUGUUGUUUUCAAGUCAGCAAAUGCAAAGAAUUUGAAGAUCGAUGAAAUACCAACAAUAUACAGUUUAUUAGAUGAUAGUGUCGCCGAAAAUAACCAACAUGAAACUAAUAUGAAAGCGGCUGUUAAAAUUUUCCAAGAACUUGUAUUCGCUUUGGAGAAAACUGAAGCUAUGAGAAAACGCAGUGAUGCCAAUACAUCAUUGGAUUUUUAAAUCAAUGAACAUGUGAUUCUCAAAUAAAGUUUAAUAAUGAAAAUAUGUAAUUGGUUGGCUGAUGUUUUUUUUCUGUAUGUAAGGGUGAACGAUCUUACGGUCUACUUGCUGUUAAAUGGUAAAUGUAGGUUGC